CUGUGAAAGAUCGCAUUAUUUGAAUAAGUUUAGCCACUUGAUAGAUGGCAGUUGUGUCGAACCAAAUUCGAGGCAUGGAUGAAAUCGAAGGUUUACAUUAGUAUUUUACUUUUAUUGGAAACAUGGACAUGAGUUUAGAAACUUGGGAUGGCGACUGGGGCUUACCGUCAGUUGAUUUGUUUUCUUUGCAGAUCAUGGCUUAUGCAAAAUUUUCAGGAGCUCCACUGAAGCUGAACAAAACCAACAAGCCUUGGCAUUCCCCAAAUGGUCAGUUACCUAUGUUCAGACAUGGUCCCAAGAUAAGCUUCAGUAGAUUUGGGGAUAUAACUGCAUACCUCAGGGGCCAGAACUACAAUGCAGACUUCGAUUUAACCAAGAAACAAUGUUCAGAUAUUGUGGCUUACUCAUCGUUACUAAGAGAUAAGUUGUAUCCAGCUAUACUCUACGUUCUUUGGGUAGACAGUAGAAAUUACACAGAACUGACUAGACCCUGGUACACAAAAGUCUUGCCAUUCCCUCUGAAACAUUUUCUUCCUGGUUACUUUCAGAAAAAAGCCCAAAAGACUAUUUAUAAUUUUACAGGUUAUGAUGAACUGGAAAAAGAAAAAAUGGAGAAUUUUCUUUUCAAAGAAGCACAGGAAUGCUUAACUCGAUUGUCUCAUCGACUUGGUGAAGAUGAAUUUUAUUUUGGUAAAAAGUAA